ACAUGCCAUUAGGUGGCGCCGUUUAAUUGAACACAUGCAAACUCAUGUGUAAACUUAAAAAAAAUUUCCUAACCUUAAAAACAUAUAUUUAUACAAUUUUUUUGCUAUGGCAAAUUUAAAAAUACAAUCAAAUGUAGAACUUGGUUUUCCUGAAGAUUUCACAGACGAAAAGUGUUCACAUAGUAGAUUUUUUCCAAGUAAAGUAGGCGGAAAACCAUCAUGGUUAGCUUUAUCGGAUAUUCCAACUCCAGACCAAAUUGCGUGCUCUGAUUGUAACAAUCCAACGAUAUUUUUUGCACAAAUUUAUGCACCAAUUGAAACUAACGAUGAUGCCUUCCAUCGAACGAUUUUUGUAUUUAUCUGUAAGAAUAAAUCAUGUACUAAUCAAGAUGUAAAAAUAUUUCGAAGUCAGUUAGCACAUUUAAAUCAAUUUUAUCCAUCUGAUCCACCUGAUAUAAAUGAAGAUAAUUUUAAAAUCGAUGAUUUAAUACAGUUAUGUUCAGUUUGCGGUGGAUCAGGUCCUUUAAAAUGCGCUAAAUGUAAAGCUAUUUCUUACUGUUCGAAAGCACACCAAGCUAUUGAUUGGAAAAAGCAACAUAAACAAGAAUGUACUACUUUAAGUAAAUACAAUUCAACAUUAGCUUCAGAUGAGGUUUUAUUUAAAGAACUUGAGAUUGUAAUGGAAACUGAAGAGAUUCCAGAUGAAAAUGAAGAGAAAACUGAAGAAGAAAAAUUAGCUGAAUAUGAACAAUUAGUAAAAGAUGGCAAAGCAGGUACACUAAGUGAUGUUAAAGAUGAAGAGCUGUUAGAAUGUGCUAAAGGUAUAGAAGAGGAUAAAGUUUUUGAAAAAUUUAAAAAGCGAAUAGUGCAUUACCCAGAUCAAAUUAUAAGAUAUGAAAGAAAUGGUGUUCCCCUAAGGAUAUCAGAUGCCCAACUUCCAGAAAUUCCACGAUGCGAGUAUUGUAAUAGCGAAAGACAAUUCGAAUUUCAAAUUGUUCCUCAAAUUUUAUAUGAAUUAAAAGAAGAUUCUGUGGAUUUUGGAACUUUAGAUGUUUAUACAUGCUCGAAGAGUUGCAGUAUCAAAGAUAAUCCCAUAACUUAUAAAAAUGAAUAUAUCUUAGCAUCCUGA